AUGAUAUAAAUUGGAUAAAAAACAAUUCAAAUCUGGCUGGUUAGACAUGGAUAAACAGAAGGAAAUAAAUUAUAGAUUUUAUAAGGAUAAGAUGAUGGAUAACUAUCUGCUUUAGGAGUAAAAUAAGCAGAAGCUUUAGGUAAAAGAAUUAAAAAGGAAAAUUUUGAUAUAGUUUUUGUUAGUGAUUUAGCAAGAACAAAAUAAACUUUUGAAUUAAUUUAAAAGCAUCAUGCAAAAUAAAUGAUACCAAAUUAUGAAUCUUUAUUAAGAGAAAAACAUGCAGGUAUAUAUAUCAGAAAUAUAAUUGGGUGUUUUGUAGGGAUAAAGUUUAACAUUGCCUAAAAAAUUAGCUGCAGAAUAAGGAGUGGAUAUUAGAUAAUUCAAACCUGAU